AUGAUUCGGAAGUUAUGGAUACUUUUUGUUUUUACCCAUUCACAUUUUCCCUUCUUUUUGCUAGAUGGAAUAUUCCAACAAGUACAAAUCAUUGACACCAUUGGGAGUGAUGAAUUUCCUGCAAUGAGGGACGUUUACAUAAAAAAUGGAGACUACUUUGUCGUCAUGUAUGCAGUAGACAACCGCCAGUCAUUUGAUAUGGCAUUUACACUGUGCCAAAAAGUCAGGGACAUAAAAGGAAAAGAUUUCAACAGAAUAAUGGUAGUGGGAAAUAAAAUAGAUCUGAGAAAUUCUAGACAAGUGACAACGGAAGACGUUUUACGAAAGUCAAUCAACGAGAAAAUGUACUGGUUCACCGAAACAAGUGCCAAACUGAACUGCAACAUCAGGUGCCUUUUCCAAAUUAUCUUGAAAAACUAUGUGAAAACAAAUGAAUUCUUCCUUGGAAAGAAAGACAAAAUGGUGUCAAAUCUGAAAUCAAAGAACACUAUAUGCUCGAGAUUCAAAACGAGAAAAAUAUCUGCACAAACUCUUGUAUAUUCACUUGAUAACCAAAAAGAUAAGUACAUGAUAUCAGAUUAAAA